AAAAAGAUGUUUUCUGGUCCAGGAUCCAAUCCAGGAUCUGUGUUACAUUCGUUGUCAUGCCUCUUUCAUUUCCUCUAAUCUGGGACAGUUUCCCAGUGAUUCUGUCUCUCGUGAACCUUGACACGUUUGAAGUGUGCAGUCCAGUUACGUAGUAGAAUGCCCUGUAGCUUGGCCUUGUCUGAUGUUUCUCAUGAGUAGUGGAGUGUGUCCUUCUCAGUGUAUUCCUUGAUGACAUUAGUGCCGUCAUCCUCUUCUGUGUAACCAGAGCUUGAACACCUGGGGUUAUUCUGACUUUCUGUUCCUUACACUCCCACAUCCAGCCGGUCAUUGGGUCAAGUUGAGGUGUUCCCUGCACAGUCUCCCUCCAGUUGUGCCUUCCUUUCUGCUCCUACUGUCUCUCUCCUGUUUGGGGCAGUUGUGGAGUGAAGGCCUGUGCACACUGGCCUCAAUCGACUGUUCCAGCCUAAUCAGCCACUGCUUAGCAACAGGAACCCAAGGGUACCAUAGUCCUCAGCAAUCGGUAUUUCCUCUGCUUUGCCCCCUCUCCACCCCUUCUCAUGCUGCUCUGAAUUCACAUCAUUUACCCCUUUGAAUAUCAGACUCAAAUGCCUGUUCCUCAAAUGCUUUUCCUGAUGGCCCAGUUCAAACUGAUCCUGCCUUCUGCCCAGUGGCACUGGCCAGCCCCUCCGUUCUUGCACAGUGGCUUGCUAAUGUUAUUUCCCUGCAGAAUGGAAGUUCCUGCAGUGCGGGGGCUGUGUCUUGUUCAGCACUGUAGAGGCUCAAUGAAUAUUUGUUGACUGGACUAAAUUAUUUGAUGAAAUCAUUAAGCAAGUACACAGAACCACCAUGGAGCUGUCUGCUAGCACGUGGUAUGCGAUGGUGGAUGUGAGACCCAUGCCUUACCCGAAGAGUCAGGUGGGUGUUGGCUCAAAAUAGGAUCCUUUUAGUAAAACGGUGGAUAAUUUGAGAAGGCAUUUUCAUGUUGUAAGUGGGAAAAAUGAUUCUUCCCUGAUGACAUCUUAACGUCGUGUGUAUGUGUCAAGACAAAGAAAGAGCAUAUUUGAUUUUUUUAAAAAAGAGUAGAGAAACUAACAUAGCAUAUUAAAAAUGGCCCAUCUAGUUCUUCACACGCCAAAUGAGCAGCUGAAUGUGAGAGGAGUAGUUUCUCCAGCUCCCUUCCUCCCUGGGAGCCCUGGAGCCACCUGCCUCCUCUGGCUGUCUGGCCUCCUGUGUCUCCUCUGCUGUCCUUCAGCACUGCCUCCCCACCUUACUCACUGUUUCUCUCCUCCCAUAUUUCACUCUUUCUGUCUGUUCCUCUCUCUUAAUUCUUUUACUGUUCUCCCUCUCCCUAUUGACUGUUUUAUUUUAUUUUUUGACUUAUCGGAUGUGGUUUUAUGUUCCAUGAGUUUUUCCACAUAAAAGCAGGUGAUUUUUGCAAAAAGAGAAAACCCAAUUGGUUUUUAUGCCUUGGUGGUCUUUUGUUGACUCCCUUCCAUGCUCAGUGGUUCUUGUUAUUUAAAAAAUGUAGUUAUCAGUGAUAAUAAAAUGGUUUAUCGGAAGGAACAUAAUUACCUCUUUCUGGUACACCAGGAAAAUUACUAGGAAUGUGCUGGUUGAUAAAUAUCAAGAAGCCUAAAAUUUUCAGUUGCUGCCAAGGGAACAUUGGUAGUUGAGGUUGAAAAUCAGAUUUCAGUGUGGUGAAAACUCAGAUUUCCGGGUGGCGAGCUGCUGAGCUUACUGGGAACUUCAGUCUUCCUCCUUGAAGGUGUCUGCACUUGCUGACUGGCGGUCACCCCCUGCCCCACUUCAGAACGCGUUUGUGGAGAUGACAUUCUGUCUGGAUGAAGCAACUACAGAAGUGCAGAUGUGAAUUAUUAAAAAGAAAAUGGCCCAACGGAGCACUGUACUUCCUUCUCGUGUCACCAAGGAAAGGUAUAAUUUAUGGAAAAUAUGCAUCUAAGCCGUCAUGAUUCCCUUCUGCAGGCGAGUGAGAACCAUGCCCCGACACAGCCAGUCCCUGACCAUGGCACCGUACUCAUCUGUAAGCCUCGUGGAGCAACUGGAAGACAGGAUCCUCUGCCACGAGAAAACCACCGCCGCCCUUGUAGAGCAUGCCUUUCGGAUUAAAGAUGACAUUGUCAACAGUUUGCAGAAAAUGCAAAACAAAGGGGGAGGUGACCGCUUGGCCAGGCUUUUCUUGGAGGAGCAUAUCAGAAACAUAACUGCCAUAGUGAAGCAACUUAAUCGGGAUAUCGAGGUACUCCAGGAGCAGAUUCGUGCCCGGGACAACAUUAGCUAUGGAACUAAUUCUGCCUUAAAGACCCUGGAGAUGCGCCAGCUCUCCGGUUUGGGAGAUCUUCGAGGAAGAGUGGCAAGAUGUGAUGCCAGCAUAGCCAGACUUUCUGCAGAGCACAAAACGACCUAUGAGGGGCUCCAGCACUUGAACAAAGAACAGCAGGCUGCCAAACUUAUCCUGGAAACGAAAAUCAAAGACGCAGAGGGACAGAUUUCUCAGCUUUUGAACAGAGUGGACUUGUCAAUAUCAGAGCAGAGCACCAAACUGAAGAUGUCCCACAGAGACAGUAACCACCAGCUUCAGCUUUUGGACACUAAAUUUAAAGGUACAGUUGAGGAACUCAGUAACCAGAUAUUAUCUGCACGGAGUUGGUUGCAACAGGAACAAGAACGGAUAGAAAAAGAGCUUUUGCAGAAAAUUGAUCAGCUUUCCUUAAUUGUGAAGGAAAACAGUGGAGCCAGUGAAAGGGAUAUGGAGAAGAAGCUCAGCCAGAUGUCAGCCAGACUUGACAAAAUAGAAGAAGGUCAAAAGAAGACUUUCGAUGGUCAGAGAACAAGGCAAGAAGAGGAGAAGAUGCACGGGCGAAUCACCAAGCUGGAGUUACAGAUGAACCAGAACAUCAAGGAAAUGAAAGCGGAAGUUAAUGCUGGGUUUACAGCUGUCUAUGAAAGCAUAGGAUCCCUCAGGCAAGUUCUCGAGGCCAAGAUGAAGCUGGACAGGGACCAGCUACAGAAGCAAAUCCAGCUGAUGCAGAAACCAGAAACCCCCAUGUGAAGGGAGCUGGGACAAAGUCCUAAAAGACAGUUUUGCCAGUGGGGCUAGGAGCCGGAUACCUCUGUAGCCAGGCCGUCGCCGCAUUCGGGAUUGUUCCAUCCAUGGCGUGCAUGUGCCAAGAAAUGUGUUUAAUGGGUCUAAAUGUUUACCUUGAGUCUUGAAAAUACUCUUUCUUUAAAAGUAUGAAAUACAGUUUUUACCAGUUGAUUUCACUUCUCUAAAUUCAAUGGAAAUCCCCCGCCCUGGAUUUUGAAAGGCUUUUAUCUUCUUCAUUUUACGAAUGGAAAAAUGACAAUUUUUCUUCAAUGCUUGAUGCACUAAUGAAGACUGUUUACUAUUUUGAAAAAUGUCAUGGCUAUUUUUUUUUAAUUAAGAAACUAAUGAAUCAUCACAGGAAUGUGUUGUUCCUCACCCUAAAUUAAGAGAAUGUCCCAGUAGAUUAGACUUCAACCUUUGAGUCCAAUUUGGAUUUUCUUAUUGUUGUCUAUGCAUUUCUUAUAUUGGUUAUCUUCUUGUAAAUCUUCUGUCUUUUGUAAGGGGAAAGGAUUUAACAUUUAGAAUAAAUCCCACCAUUUAUGUAAUGGAAAUAGUUUAAAAAUUGCUAACUGCCAUAUGGAUUGCAAAUUAAAUGGAGACUUAUUUAGAUAAAGUAAGGCUCAAUAUUGGCAUCGACCACCUAGAUAUUACAGGUUUUAAUAUUUAAAACUAUUUUUGAAUUAUCCGCAGCCUGUAUAGUGAUAGCCAUAUAUUUAAUAAUGGAAUGGUGGUUAACAGUCUAUUUACUGCACAAUUAAUUGUUCACUAAUCAAAUAGAAUGUGAUAAUUUUUCAGACUUUAUGAUCUCUCUCUUUCCAAAAUUGGCACAAAGUGCUAGGGUUUAUAUACACUUAUUGUAACUGUAUUUUUGUGCCUUGGUUUUAUCAUGUCAAUGCACUGUACUCUGUAAAAGUUUUGCAGACAAAGUAGAAAGUAUGAUAAUCCGUCAGAAGUAUGAUGUAAAACUGGAAUCCUCUGUAUUUUUUAAAUGUUCUAAAAAUUUUAUCACUGUUAAGGUAUUAAUCAUUCAGUAUUACUAAUGGAAUAGAAAUUCAUACUUUUGUAUGGACAACAAUUCAAAUUGAUAUUGCAUUUAUAGCACUGUCAAGAAACUUUCAUCUUGAGCAACUUUAUAGAUGAUGGGUGUUUUAUUUUCAGUCGCCAUAUGUGAUCAGUAAUUGGAAAUUGGCCCCAGUGCUGUUUGUUCAUCUCUGUAUGUAAAAACUGACAGUGAGACACACUGAUCUGAACUGUGAGGGUGCCCCAGGAAAAAGAAAAACAGGAAUACUUUAACAAUUAAAAAGAAAAAAAAAUGUUUUUUGUUUGCCAAGGACUCAGGAAAAUAAAAAGCAUUUUCUAUUUUUAGGAUAAAUCACAAAUGCAGUAUCUAACUGGCUAUUACUGUUUACCCAUAUAAAAUAUGCUGCUAAAGUACAUAUUUUGCUCUCAAUGGCUUGACAAUUUUUUUUCAAAUUUGGACGUGAGAGGUUAUAUAGGGACUCUAUUAUCCAACACAUAUUUUCUUAUUUUGCCACAAAUUUCCACUUAACAAAGGAAAAAAAGAGGCGAUUGCUGUUUUGCAAUCAGAAAGUGAAUUUCUUCUGUGGUAGCGUACACAUGUUUCAUGUGGUUCUCCACGUUUAAGCACAAACCACAGCACAGGAAGCCACAGCCCCUCCAGCAUCUCUGUGCUCUGGGGUCUUUGAGGAGAAGGAAUCAGAACAUCGACACCUGGGAAGAGGGAGGCGGGAGCACCAGCUGGACUCUGGCCAAGGGGUGACGUAAGCAGGUGACACUGGGCUGUCAGCUGAGCUUCUCAGGUGCUUCUGACAUUGCCAGCCCCUUGAGAUGAGCCACCGCAGGCGUGCUCCACCUCGGCUACACGUUGGAAUCAUCUGGAGGAGUUGGGAAACCUACUGAUGUCCCCCUGUGCUUCCUAGACCAAUUAAGUCAGAACCUCUGGGAGGUGGGUCGCAAGCAUCAGUGCGUGCCUGAGGCCUCCGCGUGUUUGGGUGUGCGACCGAGGUGGUGAGCUGCCGAGCCACAGUGCAGUACUCUUCUCACCAAAGCUCAAAUGAGAAUCAGCUUCCAUGUUCUUUCCUUUACCAGAAAUUUGCAAUAAAAAGAAAAAUAAAACUUUCAAA